AUGGCAGACCCAGAUAUGGACGAGUUCGCACAAACCCGCGGCGCCGACGACCUAUUCGACGAUGAGAUUAUCCCUAUCUCCACGGAACAGCAGCAAGAACAGACAGAGAUCGCCACCCCCAAGCCAGAGCCAGAACCAGAGCCCGAGCCACAGGAGACACAGGAGACACAGGUACCCGAGAAGCGAGCUCCGGAGCAGCCAAGUGCACGUGGGGAGACUCCUCAGCGGGGCCGCGGAGAACGAGGCCGACGACGUCGGGGCAAAGGGCGCGGUGGACGGGAAGAGCAAAAACGGUCAGAAAGCUCUCCGCGCAAGAAGACCGCCAAUGCGCCUGCGGAUGCGCGCGAGGUUGCUUCGAAGCCUGAGAAGCCCGUUGAGCCUAAAGAGCAGACCAGUCCUGUCGAAGAGGGUAAUGGUGAAGAUGUGACCAACGGCGCCGACGCCCAACGUGUGCCAGCUGUUCGUGGCGAUCGGAGUGCCACUGGUGGUCUGAGAAAGCCCAAACUCACGGAGGAGGAAUUAUCCAAACGCAUUGCUACAGCCAAGGAGAACGCAGUAAAGAAGGCUGCGGCGCAUGCUCGUGCCGAAGCCGAUCAGGCAUCAUUCAUGGAGCGCGAGCAGGAGGCGGCGAAGAAACGUCGCGAGGAACUCGCGCACCGCCGCGUGAUGGAUUCCGAACGUGAGAAAAACAGACAGCGGAAGCUCAAGGCUCAGACGGGACGUGAGUGGGACUCGCAGAAACGGGAGGAAGAUUAUGAUCCCCGCGGUGGGGGUAGUCAGUUCCGACGCGGUAUGCAUGGUGGCGUGUCUGGCGCUGUGCGACGAGACUUUGAAGAACCCCGUUCAGAAGAUGCGGAUCAUUCUGGUGGUCGGGGUCGUGGACGCGGUCGAGGUGGCCGUGAUCGUGGAUCUCCGCGUUCCCCGCGUGCCCCGCAGGGAGAUCGGCCACGCAAGGGCCUAUCUGACAGUAUAUUUGCACCGACCCCUGCUGCGCCGGAGUUGGAUGAUAAGAGUGCAUUCCCGGCUCUGCCUGAGGGACCUAAGACUGAAACUAAACCUGUGUCUACGGAGACUAAGGCUAAGGCUGAGCCUCAGGCUAAACCUGAGACCAAGGCUAAGGCCGAGACUAAAGCCGAGGCAAAAACUUCUACAUCCUCCAAGUCACAAACAGCUAUGGAUAAAUUGGAUUCGACGUUUUCACCCAUCACUGGAACUUGGGCAGACCAGUUUGACGAUGAGUGA